AUGUCAGAUCUCAAGGCAACAGUUGCCGAAACAGCGGCUGGCUUUGAUGUCAGAGGCUGUGAGGAGAUCAACUACGGCUUCACCUUCAUCGAUGGUGUCUUCGACACCAAGCACAACCAGCUUGCUGAAUGCUAUCAAAAAUGGGGCCGAUGCCUUGCCGUCAUGGACUACAACAUCUUCUCUGUGUAUGGAGAACAAGUGCAACGAUAUUUCGAUUAUUAUAAUAUUGACCUUGAUGUGCAUAAAACUAUGAUUGGAGAGAAAGCCAAGUCGAUCCACACUUUCCUAAGCAUCGUUGAUUCAAUGAACAAGUUCGGAAUUUAUAGAAAGGAACCUGUUCUCGUCAUUGGCGGUGGACUUGUUACUGACGUUGCUGGCUUUGCAUGCGCCGCGUAUCGCAGGAACACCAAUUAUAUUCGAGUACCAACCACAGUCAUCGGUCUGAUCGACGCAUCUGUCUCGAUCAAAGUUGCUGUAAACUAUGGCAACUACAAAAACCGUCUCGGUGCUUAUCACGCACCUAUGCAGACAUUCUUAGACUUCACUUUCCUUCGAACUCUCCCCGAAGCACAGAUCCGCAACGGCUUUGCUGAGCUCAUCAAAAUUUCGACCUGUGCCCAUCUUCCCACAUUCGAACUCCUUGACAAAUAUUGUGAGGCGCUCAUAGGGACUGGAUUCGGUCGAUGUGAUGGUGCCGCAGAAGAAGUUCGAGAUGCUGCAGACGUCAUCAAUCGGAACGGAAUUCAUGAAAUGCUCAAAUUGGAGACCCCAAAUCUUCAUGAACUUGGUCUGGACCGAGUAAUUGCUUAUGGCCAUACGUGGUCGCCACUCCAUGAACUUGUCCCAGAAGUCCCGCUUCGACAUGGUCAUGCUAUCUCUAUAGACAUGGCCUAUUCUGCAACACUGGCCAACAUGCGUGGUCUGCUCAGUGACGAGGAACACAAGAGAUUAUUGAACCUCUUUUCCAGAGCUGGACUCUCAAUGGAUCAUCAUCAAUUCGAUGAAGACAUUCUUGAGAAGGCAACACACGCAAUUCUGAGAACCCGUGAUGGCAAGCUUCGCGCUGCCGUCCCUAGUCCCAUCGGGCAAUGUGUGUUCUUGAACGACGUUUCUACGGAUGAAAUGUUCGCUGCUCUCAAGGUUCACAAGGCCUUCAUGAAAGGUUAUCCGCGGAACGGAGAGGGUCUCGAAGCAUUCGUUGAUGCCAGCGACACUGGCUAUACUGUGAACGGCCAGCCUGCCGAGCAGAAUGGCAUUUCUGAUGGUCUCAAAAAAAUCAAUGUGCUUAAUGACGAUACCAAGACCAAUGGUGUAGGAAGCAAUGGGUACAACGGAAUAAAAGGCAAGAAGACUAAUGGCGUCUCGCAGGCAAUCAAGCAUGCGUCUGGCCCAGAAGGAGUGGAUGGUCUUCAAAAUGGUGCGACAGACGUGAUAUCAGAGAAGGUUAACGGCUUGGUUAAUGGUAAACCCAAUGGUGUCACGAAUGGAGUCAAUGGUCAUACCAAUGGCAAUGGCAUGACAAAUGGCUACAGCAACGGUCUUCAUUAG